AUGGCGCAAUCAGUCGCUUCUAAAUCCUCUAUGUUGAGAUCGCUGUGUGUAGCUGUGGGUGAAGGCUCACCGUGGCGGCGUUCCUACGCCAAGUUGGCCUCUUCUUCUAAUGCAGAAGGGCGGAUGGAGAAACAAGCAGAAGAAGAGGGAGGAGACGACGGCUUGGCAGUGAGCUCGGGAAUCAGCAGACCCCUCUCUGAAAUCCUCAAGCAACUCAACAAGAAAGUCCCUGAUUCCCUCGUCAAAACCCGCUCUGAAAGUGGCUUUACCUCCAAAUACAUCCCCUGGCACAUUGUUAAUCGGAUUAUGAACUUGCAUGCUCCAGAAUGGUCCGGUGAGGUCCGCAGCAUCACUUACUCCGCUGAUGCCAAGUCUGUAUCUGUUGUUUAUCGUGUCACGCUCUAUGGCACUGAUGCUGAGAUCUUUAGGGAGUCGACCGGCACUGCUUCAGUAGAUGACACAAGUUUUGGGGAUCCUGUACAGAAGGCAGAAGCAAUGGCAUUUCGUCGCGCUUGUGCACAUUUUGAAACGGAUGCAACCCUGUCAUACUCUAAACGAGAAAAAAAGGUUGUAUCCUGGAAGCUGCAGCCAGACCAUGGUCUUAGGGUGGCAAAGCUAUCUGAAAGGACUGCGUGGGAACCACCACAUGCCCCUUACUGCAACUAA